UCUCGUCUUUAAGCAGGCCCCCCGCAGCAUUCCAAUGGCGCCCUCCGUGAACAUCUCCGUCCUAUUCCUCUUUCUCCUCGCCGCCAUCGGCGACGCGGCGAUCUUCACCGUGGUGAACCAGUGCCCCUACACUGUGUGGGCCGCCUCCGUGCCGGUGGGCGGCGGGCGGCAGCUCAACCGUGGCGAGGCGUGGACCAUCAACGUGCCGGCCGGCACGACGGCGGCGCGCAUCUGGGCGCGCACGGGGUGCCGGUUCGACGGGAGCGGCCGCGGCGGGUGCCGCACGGGCGACUGCGGCGGGGUGCUGCAGUGCACGGGCUACGGCCGCGCGCCCAACACGCUGGCCGAGUUCGCGCUCAACCAGUUCUCCAACCUCGACUUCUUCGACAUCUCCCUCAUCGACGGCUUCAACGUGCCCAUGGCCUUCCUCCCCGACGGCGGCUCUGGGUGCAGCCGUGGGCCGCGGUGCGCCGUGGACGUGACGGCGCGGUGCCCCGCCGAGCUGAGGCAGGACGGCGCGUGCAACAACGCGUGCCCCGUGUUCAAGCAGAACGUGUACUGCUGCGUCGGUUCGGCGGCCAACAGCUGCAGGCCAACCAACUACUCGAGGUUCUUCAAGGGGCUCUGCCCCAACGCGUACAGCUACCCCAAGGAUGACCCGACCAGCACCUUCACCUGCCCCGCCGGAACCAACUAUAGGGUCAUCUUCUGCCCGUCCGCCUAAAUAUGCGAACGUGCUUGUGGAGUAGCCGUGAUUACUUCACACUAGAGAGAAAUAAACGGGUCGUGUAGCCGCAGCCCAUACUUGUACUAUCGUAGCUAGUGAAAUAAUCUUCUCUAUCGUAUAAAACAAGAGUUCCCAUC